AUGGGAUUCAAAUGGUGUUUAUGCAGACAUUUUUCUGAGUUCUUUCGUGCUGUUAUUGUUCAUGGGCAGACAGACAUGUACAAGAAUCAGCUGCAGGAGCUUGCACAAAGGAGUUGUUUCAAUCUUCCUUCUUAUGCCUGCAUCAGAGAAGGGCCUGAUCAUGCACCUAGAUUCAAAGCUUCUGUGAACUUCAAUGGAGAGAUCUUCGACAGCCCCAGUUAUUGUAACACCUUAAGGCAGGCUGAACAUGCUGCUGCUGAAGUAGCUCUCACUGCACUUUCCACAAAGGGUCCUUCAAGGUCUUUGACUGCAAGAGUUCUUGAUGAAACAGGUGUAUACAAGAACCUCCUCCAAGAAACUGCCCACAGAGCUGGUCUGAACCUCCCCGUAUACACCACAGUGAGAUCUGGUCCUGGCCAUGUCCCAGUUUUUACUUCUACCGUAGAGCUCGCAGGGAUGAAUUUCACAGGAGAGCCAGCCAAAACAAAGAAGCAGUCUGAGAAGAACGCUGCUAUAGCAGCCUGGUCGGCAUUGAAAAGAGUGCCAAACUUGGUUUCACUGUCUCAUACAAGUAAGGAAACAGACAAUCAUGAUCAACAGGAGCAGGUAAUUGUGGCUAGAGUUCUCUCAAACUUAGAACCCAAAUAUGAAGGCAAAACAGCUUGGAGAAAGGACCAGAAUCAAGCAAGAAGAACAAUGCUGAAGUGUCACAGAGACAACAGAUCUAUUAAUCCUCCACAGUAUCAAGAUUGGAAGUUUAUGGAUUUACUGAUGGAUUCUGCCUUAGAAGUUUCAAGUCAAAAGCAGAACAGCUUUGCAUCUCUACUGCCGUCACCCCCACGGAGAACAAAUUCCAAUAUCUUACCAACUUCAUCUAGCCACAAUCCAACUCUCCACCAAUCAAUAACAACAAUGCCUAGCCCCCUUAAAGUCAUGGGCAGAUCACAAGUUAAAAGGCAAGACGUAGCAACUCCAGUGGAUGAGCAUCAAAAAGAUGAGGAUGAAUGGCUUUAUGGAAAACUAGAGGUCAACAAGAAGCCCAUUGAAAAGGAAGGUCCUAGCAAAUCAAUUUCAAGUGCAGCUUAUGAGGCAAAUCAUAUAAUCUGCAGGCCAUUUGCAGUGCCAAAUACAGGGAAGUUCAACACUUCAGUGCCAAAUCGUAGUCCUCAAAAUGAAAAAACCCAUAUCGGAACCAGGCCAUUUGGGCCACCAACUCCAUCUCAAAUGGCCAUCCCUCCUCCUAUCAAGGCUCCUUCAUGCAGCCACAUACGCAGGACCUUAUACAGUGGAGGGCGCCACCCACAGAGAACUGCUCCAGCAGUUCAAAUCAGAUCAGUCAUCCCAGUAUGUGCAGCAGCACCACCGCGAAUGAGAACCCCACCAAACCCUCCGCCAAUGAAAGAAGCUACUUCAACACCAACACAGUCAGGAGCUGAGGAUUCAUCCUGCCAGCCCAAAGUUCAACGAGCUACAGUUGUGCUCAACCCAACUCAGCUCGACCUUCGACAAGACCCUGCGGUUAUGAAGUAGAAAGAAAUUUAAUUUAAAAUUAGCAUCUGUCGUUAGGUAUCCGAUGUUGUUUUGUCCCUUAAACAGAAUACGUUUUUUUGGCCUGAAUGUUCUACCGCCGGGAUAUAUUGUAAAAGAUGACAUCUUUUUUACAUGUUUUUACCCCCACACACAAUUACUGCAAGGAGAGAGAGGCAUUAAUUGAGAUCUGGAGAGUAGGUUGGGUGCAGAUAGAGAGCAAUGAAGGCAAUCUGGAGAGGAGAGGACGAACCAGACAACUGCAGCGAUAAACGCGAGCCCAUUAAUUUACCCGUCAGAACAAAUGAAUUGGUCCUGUCUUCACCAUUAAUGCGCUCGCUCUCUCUCUCUCUCUCUCUCUCUCAUGCCCC